AUGGCGCCCGUGCCGCCGUUCGUCUUCCCUUCUCUGCCGCAGACAUGGUACAUCGGACACAUGCACCGCGCACUGCGCGAGAUCACCGAGAUGGUCCAGAAGCGCUCGCUCGACCUCAUUAUCGAGACCCGCGACGCCCGUGUCCCCCUCACUUCGAUCAAUCCGGCGUUUGAACGGCUACUGGCGGAGCAGGCGGGAAAAGGAAUCGGGUCCAACCUGAACCUGACAGGACUGGGGACGAAGCGGCUGAUCGUGUACAACAAGACGGACUUGGCGCAGGACUGCUUCCGAGAACCUCUGAAGCGGGCACUGGCUCAUCAAGGCGAGGAGAAUGUCCUCUUCACGGAUGCGAGAACGGACGAAGGGGUGCGGAAGUUGCUUCGAACCGCUAUCAAACUGGCGAAGCGGCCACUGAAUGGGCCGGACGACAAGAUCGUGAUGCUCGUGGCGGGAAUGCCGAAUGUUGGCAAGUCGAGCAUCUUGAAUGCGCUGCGACGAACAGGCGUCGGCCGAGGCAAAGCCGCCUCGACCUCUUCCGAACCCGGUCACACUCGCCGGUUAUCGACUGUCAUCAAGAUCGCGACCUCUCCGCCCGUAUACAUCUACGACACUCCCGGCAUCAUGGUGCCGUACCUCGGCAAGGGCGUCUAUGGACAAGAAGCGGCGAUGAAGCUGGCGCUGACGGGCGGGAUCAAGGAGAGUCUGUUCGAGAAGGAGCUGGUUGGCGAGUACUUGCUGUGGCGGUUGCGGCUGCGGCACGAGAUGCGCGACGAAGGGUGGAGCAACGACGAACUCUGGCGACGGCUAGCGCUUCCGUCCGGCACACCUCUCGAAGACCCCGAAGAGUUCUACUCGGCGCUUGCUCGACGGUUAUCGGCGAUGCAGCGCGGUGGGAUCCCCGACACCGAUUUCGCCGGACGCUGGCUGAUUCGCGCUUUCCGCGAAGGCAAGCUCGGGCGAUGGACGCUCGACGGGCUCGGACGUGGUGGUGAGGCGGUCGACGACGACAAGGAGAUGGUGACGAUUGGCGAGGGCGAGCUGAAGAAGUAUCUGUGGCAGCGGACGGAGGAGCGGUCGAGCUUUCUCAGUCGGGAUCCGGUUCCGUACGUGGAGCCAGCCGAAGUCGUUGAGGAGCCCGUCAUCGCCGGGAGCGCGCUUGAGGCGGCGCACGUCACCGCGCCGCCGCCUGAAGCACCAUCGACAGAACCUACGGACCCCGACUCGACUACGGAUCUUCUCGCCUCUCUCGAUGCAGACACGGCGGCAUCCGAGGACUCGACUCCAGCAGCGCCACUGCCUCCCGCCGUUCCUGCCUCCGUCAUCGAACCUCCCGUUUCUUCGACGGUCGCCGCCUACUAUCGCUACCUCCAUCGCCUCUCCUCCUCGGCCGACCUCCGCUCGGCAAACCAGACUCGCAAGGACGAGAAGGCGGGAAAGAAGAGGCAGAGCGAGAUCAAGUUCAAGGCGCACGAGGCGCUGAGGCAGCAGAAACAGGCGAGGGUGCAGGGUAAGCCGUCUUCCUUCGGGAAGCCCCGGAGACCGCCUCCGCCCAAGGCAGGAGGGAAGCGGCGGAAGUCGAGGAAGUAG